CUCUGUACUGCCACAGGACGAGGAACUUUGCAGCGGGACAGUAGCACAUCAGAGGACCCUACGCAAUAUCCUCAGGAAAAUCCAAGCCCCUCGGGACAAGAAAAUGAGUUCCACGCCCCAACAGCAAGAGCAGUUAUUCUUCCUUGAUAAUAUUCCAGUCAGUAUAUUGGUUGUAGAUGAAGAUGAGGAAGAUUGCCAGGCUUUGGGUCAAAGAUCAACAGGCAAGAAGACAAAUAAGCCAUUUGAGAAAGAUAGGAGUCCUCCAUUAGAGGAACACACAACGCUGAGGUCGCCAGGGGAAUCCAGGGGUGCAAGCUGGAAGACCAGUAAAGGGCAAUACGAAGGUGGCGCCCCCUGUAGGCAGGCUGCGGUCGGGAACACGGAGAACCCUGCUCAAGGUACUGAGAUGAACAGUACAGAGUGUCAGUUGACAGGCCGCAGAUCUUGCCCGGUCCGUGACUGUUCCUCCCGCAGAUCGGACUCUGUCCUCGUGAGGUGUGCGGGUAAGAACUCUGAAAGCUCCCUGCUUUGUGACCGUGUCACUCCUGUGGUCAGAGAGUUCAAGGGGAAUCAAUCAAGAUGCAAGUCUGAGUGGAGUGUAGGUGGUGUAGGCAGCAAGACGUAUAAAUACAGCUGCCUGCAAUGCCUUUAUGGCACCAACCGCUCUGACAGUCUGGCCUGUCACAUGAGGAUUCACACUGGUGAGAAGCCCUAUGAAUGUCCGGACUGUGGCUGUGCUUUUCGAAACCGCAGUAAACUGAAUCUUCACCGCCACCCCAAAACGUUGCAGUGUGACAUCUGCGAGUAUGCCACAAAUAGGCUAGACUACCUGAAGAUCCACAGGCGGAUUCACACAGAUGAGAGGCCCUAUGUUUGUCCCAAAUGUGGUCUGGCCUUCCGGACCUCCAGCCACCUGGCUCGGCACAAGCGAAUUCAUGGGGAUAAACUGGAUUGAUUUGGAGCUGACAUUUUAUACGUCUGUUCUUAUGCUAUAAAACCAUUCUGGGGGGGUUAAAGUCCUGCUUUUGGAUUCCCGAGGCCAUCUCCUUUAUCUCUUCUGAAAGUAAUGACUUAGAUUGCACGUCUUUUAAUAUUUUGAAGUGCAUUGCUUUUGUUGUGGUAUCCCUGAUGUGAAGGUCCUACUCGUCUUGUCUGUGAUGAAACAGAUUUUGAUUGCUUUGGAGAAUUUUCUGUUAUCCACUUUGUUACCACUAUGGCAGGAGAAAUACUUCGUAUUUUAAUAAUCUGCAGAGGAAUAUAAUGGUGAUUCACGCUUCUUAUUCAUUUCUAUAUUCUCUGAAACCAGUUCAGUUAUGUGUGGUGGCAGUUUGGGUAAAAACAUCGCUGGACGUCUGUAAUCUCUUUCCCGCAUGUAGGGUAUUUCUAACAGCAAGCUUGGUUUUCACUUAUAAAGCAAAUAAUAUCUGCAGCCGAAAAUGUUCAAGACAAAAUUCGAGUUCGGUGUCUGGCUGCAGAGUAAUUAUUGUCGUCUUUUGCAGGACAUGAGACCUGCUUGCUAAUCAGGGUUUGUUACAGCAGUCCCCACGGGUCGACAAAUAAAAUACUUGUAAAUAAA